CGCAUUUUCUAAGCGCCGGAAACGUGCUCGCGAGCACUGAUGUGUUAUUUUGCUUAGGUAUUAUUUGGUAGUUGUUUGGUUUUGAAGAUCAUUCUUUACAAAUAAAAAAAAAUCAGAUCCGUUAGUUUUUUAGAUGCCUAAAGAGAAAGGAGUUAUCAGGUGAAAUAGUCGCACGAGAAGGAAAACUCAGGGGAGAUGGCGCCGAAAGGAAAAGUUGGAACCAAAGGCAAAAAACAAAUCCAUGAGGAAAACCAGGAUACUCUGAAGUUCUAUAUUAGAAUCAUCCUGGGAGCAAACGCUAUUUAUGCAGUGGUCGAUCUCUUGCUCUUUUAUAACUCAUCUACAUUUUGGACAUGGUUCUUUCUCCUGUUCGCAGUGGCGGUCUACAUUGGCGGCUACAGAUCUAUGUCAGCAAUGGCCAAACCUGCAUUUGCUGAAGAUGGUAGCUUGCUGGAUGGAGGGAUUGACCUUAAUAUGGAACAGGGCAUGGCAGAACACCUGAAGGAUGCGAUUCUUCUUACUGCUAUUGUUCAGGUCCUCAGCACUCUGUCAUCCUACUUCUGGUACUUCUGGCUCUUGGCACCUGCAAGGGCUUUGCAUUUAUUGUGGGUGAGCUUCCUGGGCCCCUGGUUUUCUGCUGAAUCACAGGCAGCCCCUGAAGAGAACGAGAAGAAUGAAAAGAAACAGAGGAGACAGGAAAGACGACAGAUGAAGAGAUUCUAGACUUGUCUGUGUUUAUUUUUUUUUUACAUUUAUUGUACAGUUACAUAGAACAUGCAAUCUAAAUUAUUCUGAGAUAUUUGAUAUGACAGGUUAGUCCAGACAAUAGAUGAGCACUGUAAAGUGCCUUUGACUUUCUCUCACGUGUCAUCAGCUGCUCCGUCCUUUUCAGCCCUUUUGGUUCCUUUUUCUUACUUUGUCCAUCUUAAAAUCUCUAGCUCAGGUGUGCCUCUGAGUGGGGCUCCACAAGUGAGUUAAACUCACACAAAAUGCAUUUGCUUACUAUAGUGAGCUUUCAUAUCAUUAGUUUCAGUUGCUAAUGAGUACUUUUCAGCAGGUGCAGCUACAUGGCCCUUUGCCCUCAGAAAUUUAGACCCGAGGCUGCAUGAGCUUCACCAACCACAUGACGUUUCACAGCACUUUUAGAAUUCCAUCUUUGGCCUUUCAGAAAAUACAGUUUUUUUUGUUCUGUAUCGGGGGAAUCGUGCUGAUUCUGUAUCAAAGGUAAUUAUCUUUGACAUGUUGUGUUCUGGUGAAGCUACAGGUGCAGCCUGGUGCUGCCUUGAGGGAACACAAAGUAGAUAAGGAUAAAAAA